UAGCAGCAUCAGCAGGUUGCUCUCUAACAGCAGAAAUGGGGAACUGCCUCCGUGCCUGCGAUCGCCCCAAAAACACUAAUAUGAAAUGGAGUUUACCCACCGUCUGUUUGAUCUGGCAGCUGGCUAUGAUCGUACUUUUUGGGGUUUUUGUGCGGUAUAAUGAGGAGUCAGACACACACUGGGUUGAAUUCAAAAAGCAUAAUAAUGUAACAAGUGAUAUUGAGAAUGACUACUACUUCAGAUAUCCCAGUUUUCAAGACGUCCACGUCAUGAUCUUCGUGGGCUUCGGGUUUCUCAUGACCUUCUUGAAGAAGUACGGAUUCGGAGCGGUGGGAUUCAACUUCCUGAUUGCGGCUUUCGGCAUCCAGUGGGCUCUUCUGAUGCAGGGCUGGUUUCAUUCCCUGGAUUACACCGAUGGAAAGAUCAAGAUCGGCAUAGAAAACCUGAUCAAUGCAGAUUUCUGUGUGGCGGGUUGUCUGAUAGCGUACGGUGCCGUGUUGGGGAAGGUCAGCCCCGUUCAGCUGCUGGUGAUGACUUUGUUUGGCGUCACGCUGUUUGCUGUUGAAGAGUUCAUCAUCCUCAAUAUUAUCCAUGCUAAAGAUGCUGGUGGCUCUAUGGUGAUCCACACGUUUGGUGCUUAUUACGGUCUGUCCAUAUCGUGGGUUCUGUAUAGGCCGAACUUGGAUAAGAGCAAACUCCUGAACGGAUCGGUUUACCACUCGGACAUGUUUGCCAUGAUUGGCACUCUGUUCCUCUGGAUGUUCUGGCCCAGUUUCAACUCCGCCAUCGCUGAUCAUGGAGACGGUCAGCACAGAGCGGCCAUCAACACUUACCUGGCUCUGGCCUCCACCGUCCUGACCGCGAUGGCCAUGUCCAGCCUGUUCGAGAAACAUGGAAAGCUAGACAUGGUUCACAUCCAGAAUUCGACAUUGGCUGGAGGAGUUGCUGUAGGAACAGCUGCUGAAUUUAUGUUGUCUCCGUAUGGUGCUUUGAUCGUGGGCUUCUUUUGUGGGAUUAUAUCAACACUGGGCUAUAUUUUCAUCUCUCCAUUCCUGGAGGAGAAACUGAAGAUUCAAGACACCUGUGGCAUUCAUAACCUGCACGCCAUGCCAGGGGUCAUCGGAGGAAUCGUGGGCGCCAUCUCGGCCGCAGCUGCCAGCGAGACGGUUUAUGGGCCGUUAGGGUUGACAAAUACAUUUGAUUUCGUGGGGAAGUUUGCUAAGCGAGUUCCAACAGCUCAAGGAGGAUUCCAGGCAGCCGGACUUUGUGUGGCCUUAUGUUUCGGAAUAGGAGGUGGCAUUUUCGUUGGCUGUAUCCUGAAGUUGCCGAUCUGGGGCGAUCCGGCAGAUGACAACUGCUUUGAUGAUGAGUGCUAUUGGGAGGUACCUGAGGAUGAAGAAAGUGUUCCUCCUAUCUUGGCUUACACCAAUCACAUGAUCCCCAACAAUCAUGCAGAUGUGACAGAGACGAAUUUCGUGGAGCAGCGCUAACACGAUGCAGCACGCGUGCAGUGAUGACGUGACCUCUGUCAGGAUUUCCUGCUGCUUUUCUCUGUUAACCUCAACAUUCAGCCAAAAACGCAAAAUUAAACAGACAUUUCUUUUGGCACAAGACGUGUAAAUGCAUUUUAAUGAACUGAUGAUUUAUGGUGUCA